CCGUUGAAGAGAAAAAAAAAAAAAAAAAAGCUAGCAAGGAAGUAAAGUGUUUAAUGUCAGUCGCGAAGUUAAACGGCGGAAAUGUCGCUGCAGCCCAACACCCAGACCACUCAGUGUUACAGCCGCAGCCUCUCCUGAAGCAGACAUUGUGUAGAAAUCCGUGAUUCUUACGAAGGAAUGAGCGAUACUUAUCAAGGAAGUCGCCCAGCUGGCUAGCGAAAAAGUAAGCUAGCUAGGCUGCUAGCUGUCGUUAGCAAGGGAGUUCUUUGUUUUGUUUUCCAGGUGGAGGUCCGUGUAAACAUGAAGAGAAACUAGUGUGGACGUUUUGCUGUAGCGUUUGUGUAUGCAUUGUAUAAUGGUGUCGCAUGGUUUCUUUUGGUAGUGAGUCAUUGAACUGUUCAUUUAUGGUUUCUGGGACAUUACAAAGACUAAACUAACAUUAGCAACCGAGAGCAACUUUAGCAACAAACAUCGGGGUUUUUUUUUUUUUAACGUCGGGCAGGGCAGGACUGGAGACACGAAGACAUGGGCAACUGUCUCAAGUCUCCGACAUCAGACGACAUCUCUUUGCUCCAUGAAUCCCAGUCAGACAGGGCGAGCUUCGGGGACGGGACAGAUCCAGACCUGGAGCCACCUCCGCCGUACCAGGAGCAGGCUCACAUGCCCAUGUACCAUCCCACGCCUAGUCAGGCCCGUCUGGCCACCCAGCUGACAGAGGAGGAACAGAUCCGCAUAGCUCAGCGCAUCGGCCUCAUCCAGCACCUCCCUAAGGGUGUCUAUGAUGGAGGGCAAGACGGCUCGGAGAAAAAGAUCAGAGAAUGUGUGAUCUGUAUGCUGGACUUUGUAUACGGGGACCCCAUCCGGUUCCUGCCAUGUAUGCACAUCUACCACAUGGACUGUAUAGACGACUGGCUGAUGAGAUCCUUCACCUGCCCCUCCUGCAUGGAGCCCGUGGAUGCUGCCCUGCUCUCCACCUACGAGACCAACUGAUGUUUCACCCCUCCCCCUCCAGGCUUAGAUCAGACACGCCCCCUUCAACCCCAAUCACACACACAAAACCAACACCUGCCCUCUUAUAGAUUGAGAGGCGCUAAAAAUGUGUCCGCUGUUUUCUUGCACUUUGAAAAAUUCCUGAAAAUACCUAAUGUUGGCCUUCCACGCCCCCAGGUCUAAAUAAGCUGGUCUUAAACAUCAGUUACACAAAUUAGUAAGAAAGCGUUUCCAGACGACCCUGCGUGAUUGUGUUUGUGUCCGUUUGUCAUGCUGAAGCAGCGUCCAGGGUUGCUGCUGACUGUGAGCACGUGGUGUGGGGUGUGUGUGUGUGUGUGUUUGUGUGUUUGUGUGUGCGUGCAGUUUGGGCUGUUUGAUGACUCUGCAUUUCCACUUGAGCCGGCCUCAGUGGAAUUUCUCCCAGACUGACCCCAGUUCACCUUCAUUCCCACUUAGUCUUUAAAAUGGAUAAUUACAUAACAGAUUAUUGACCAAAAUGCUCUGAGGUGUUGCUAGAAAGGUUUUCUGUGACAACAGUAAGCAAAGACUUCCUCAACAUAUUGAUCUCCUAAACAUGCUUACACAUUAAAAUGGCCCUAUACUUUGGAGAUAUGGGAAUGCACAGCUGAAGUUUACACUGUUGGUGUUAGAUAAUAAAGAAGAAAUUGCUCUCCAGGUAGUCAGGUUUACAAAACAGUUAUGUAGACACUUAACAGAAAUCACCCAAAAUGUAUAAGUACACCUAAAGGAGAUCAUGGCUACGUAAUAUUUGACGUGAUUAGAAAACGCUUAGAGUUGAAAGGGAAAAAUAUUUUUUCACCAGACGGUAUGUAAAGUAGCUGGCAGCCAAUGUAAAGGGCUCAUUUGUGCAUGGGCAGGUGGAUCAGUCAGUCAAAAAUUAGAAAUGCUUGCACACACGUUUCAUCUGAUCCAGAGAUUUGCACUUUACUUAUAGGACAGUAUCUAAACAAUAUAUUAAUAUAUGUACCUUAUAACCUUGCACUAUCAAUACUUCAUUCCUUUAUUUCCUGAGAUGCAAAAGUUAUAUAGCUGAUAAAGAUAUUUUCAAAGCUGUCAGUAGUCACUUAUCACGUUCACGUUGAAGUAAGCCUGAAGAUGUAUUUCAUGAAAUCUGUGAUUCAGUAGUGUGAGCCUCCGCUUUGUUCUGCUUGAUUUUUGAUUUUUGUGUGUAAGUGAAGGGACAGAGGCUUGCUCCGGUUUAAAAGGAGUCGUUCAAUAUUUUGGGAAAUAUCGUUGCCAGGAGUUAAAUGAGAAGACUGACACCGAUCUGUGCGUUAAGUAAGGAGCUGGAGCCAGGAGGUGAUAAACUCAGCAUAAAGACUAAGCUGGGGGAAAUGGCUAGCAUGGCUCCACAGCUCAAACAAAUGCCUACCAGCACCUCUAAAGCUCAGUAUUUUUUGUGGUUUUCUGUGGAGUUAAGUGCUGUUCCACAGUUAAUUCUACCAACAUGUGACUCCCAUUUAUGUACAGAUAAAACACAUGAGAUACAACGUGUUGAUUAACUGUAGAGGUGCUAGUAGGCCGAUGUUGUUUUUACUUUGGACACAAACAGGCUAGCAGUUUCCCCCUGCUUUAUGCGAAGCUAAGCCAGUUGCCUCCCUUGUCUAACGUUAAACAGAUUACAGCUGUAUCAAUCUUCUCACCUCUUGGCAAGGAAGUGAAUAAGUGCAUUUCCCAAAAUGUCAAACUGUUCCUUUUAAAGAAAGAAAAGAAACCAAAUUUAAGGUAAACUUGAAACAGUUUAUUUUGAAUCCACAUUAGUCACUUUCUUUAUUAUAUGUCACAUUAUUUGUUUUAUUACACUAUAAUUGAUGUUUUGUUGCUUUACAUUCAUUCACUGUAGCAGUAGUUCAUUGUUUGGUAAUAGUGUGUCUAUUUUCUGUUCGCUGUGUUUUAUCUACUACCUUUACAUAAUUUGUUACAUUUAUGUAAAAUCCACUGUGUAUUUAGGACAGUAAGUAGUUGACUUUUACACUGGUUUACGCCUGAUUGUGCAGACCUCUGUUCCAAAUGAAUUGUGUGAGAGACUUCUUUUAUGGUGUGAUAGUUACAGCUGAGAUAUCAAGUUUUCCAUUAAGCUUUUCCUUUGCUGUGUUUUUCAGCUUAAGUUUAUUCAGAAAAUUAAUAUUUCCUGUAAUCUUGUUUUAUUUCUUUUUUUUGGAAGGCUAGAAAGCCGUCAUGUAAAAAAAAAAAUAAACAUGAAAAAAACUGUU